UGAUUACCCCGGUUGCUUUCUUAGUGGAACCUAGGACCUUUGUGAUUAGAUGCUUCGAUUCCUUAUGCCAUUUCUCUUGCGACCUUGAAGGGUAGCUUUCCAACAGCCGUUGGAACCCCCGGAUUGCGAGAUCCGAGAUUGCGACGGAGUUCAUGCGUAGGCCGAGCGAGGAGCCGACAAACCUGAUUUCCAGGCCUUCGAGAUAUCCCCUGCAGAAAAGCCUCAUCAAUCAGGGAAAACGUUGUGAUUUUCAUCACAUGACGCCGAGCACCUGUGGGACCGCCUGCACGGGUCUGAAAAAUCUCAUAGCUCAUGAUUUUCCUCAUGUUCAUCAAGGAGAAUCUGAUGGCUUGCCGGGCUCGCAAGACACAAAAAGCUUGCCUGAAACCACUGUGCACAAGAUCGAGCGCCUUGUCAUUUGUUCUUGGUUCCUUUAUCUCGAAAGCAGUUCUGUGCCAGACUUCGCAAUGGCUGUACCAUCUGCUACACGACAGUACCCGAAAAACGACACCCUCGCGAAAGCAUGGGACCUGCUAAACCAUACUCUAGAAAUUGGUUUCGGACAUCAAUCUUGGUCUUCAGUGCCGGAAGUCAAACUUGCCGCAGACUUCCCAACGAACAGCGCGAUUUGGCUAACUCGAGCCGCCGAAAUGAGGGCUACUAACGGACUUGCGAAUGCACAAUUUAUAGGAUAUCGUGACCCUCAGCUCCAUCCCCGACUAGACUCGCUCGACGAUGACAUCUGUCUUGAAGUCGACCCGAGCAUGAUGUGGAAGGAGCGAAAGUACGAUCUGAUCCAUUCUCGAGUGAUCGGGUACAUAGAAAACUGGCCAGAAUAUCUCAGGAACGUGCAAAGUUGCCUUGCAACUGCAGGUGUGCUCCACAUAGAAGUAGUCGAGAUGAUUCCUUUCACCGACGAGGGUAGCCUGCCCGAAACAUCCCCUCUCCUGAAACUAUCUCGGAUCUUCUUCCAAUCAAACAUCACCCGGACAAGAACAAGCCUUUGCUGGGAGAUUGGCUCGCAUCGACGAUGAUCCAGUUUAUAGAAGCAAAUGUACCCAUCGGGCGCGAGACACCAGCGCGACAUAGACUGGAUGACAAGCUUGUGGAAGCAGCGAAAUCAGAAAUCUCACACCCUUCUUUUCAUGCGUAUUGCAAAUGCCAUUGCAUAUCGGCAACACGGCGUCCCGAAAAAAUUGCGGUGACCUCGCUUUGCAACUGAAGGGCUGAGGAGAUGACUGCGGGGCAGGAAUCAGUGCUUAGUCGCCUUCGGGUUCACGAGGCAUAGCAUUUCUGAACUACAAUUACAGAAAGACACCUUGCAAUAAACACUGCGCAAAUGUUUGCAUUACACGAAGCUGCCAUAUUCUUUCUCGCCUGCAAGUGAUGCACAGUGUCAU